GUCUCCUGAGUCGCCGCCAUCUCCUUGCGCAGUCUCAUGUCAAAUGCAGUCCCAGGCACCAUAUUUGGACUGAUGUGGCUCGCGUGCCCUUCAACACUCCCAUAACGCCAAUAUGUUCCGCGUACGCCGCUAUCGCAUCUUCCUCGUGGUUGCCCUCGUCCUCGUCGGCACAGUCUAUCAUCUCACUCGAGUCAACAAGUGGGAUGGUACGACCUUGGAAGGUCUCAUGCGAUUCAGACCUGAUGCGGGUAAAACCCCCAUCUCAGACUCUGCUGCCCCGCCAGAGCCUAUCAGCCCGCCCUCUGUCAACAGCGACGCUCUCCCUCCGGAGAUCAAGACGGCCCCUGCUGUCGCUGCACCUGUCGAUUCUCAGUCCGCCGCAGUCUCAAACACCCCUGUUACGACCGCACCACUAUCCUCUUCUGCCCCCGAAUCCAAGACCACCCUGACAGGAGAUGAGCUCUUAGUCAAGCAAACGAACAUAGAGGAGGAUUUUGGUGAGCGUGGUCAAGGCCGAUAUGAAGUGAAACAACGGCCGGAUACUCAGUCCAAAGCAUAUUGGAGCCAGCAACCGGAACACUUCCCAGUGCCGACACAAAGCCUGAUCACUCUACCGACUGGGCAACCCAAAACCUUGCCCAAGAUUCAGUAUGAUUUCGGGCGGGAGUCAUCAGCAGCGAAGACUGAUCGCCAACGGAAGCAGUCAGCGAUUCGGUUGGCUUUCAAACAUGCCUGGAAUGGAUACAGAAAUCAUUCGAUGCCUCAUGAUGAACUAAUGCCUAUAUCAAAAGGCUCUGCAGACCCUUUCAACGGGUGGGGUGCAACGUUGGUAGACUCGUUGGAUACGCUUUGGAUCGUGGGUCUGCGUGACGACUUUGAGGAAGCUGUCGACGCCGUGGCCGAGAUCGACUUCAAGACAUCUGCCAGAAAGGAUAUCCCCCUUUUCGAGACAACGAUACGCUACCUUGGCGGUCUAAUCGCAGCAUACGAUGUUAGCGCCGGAAAGUAUCGCAUACUGCUUGACAAGGCAGUUGAGCUCGCUGAAGUCCUCAUGGGUGCCUUUGACACGCCGAACAGAAUGCCUAUCGGUUACUAUAAUUGGGCGCCAUCAUAUGCUUCACAACCACAUAGAGCUGGCACUCAUACUGUCAUGUCUGAACUGGGAUCGCUUGCGAUGGAGUUCACAAGGCUGGCCCAGAUCACUAAGGAGCAGAAAUACUACGAUGCAAUAGCACGCGUCACCAACGCUCUCGAAAAGUGGCAGAUGCAGACGGAAAUCCCGGGACUGUGGCCCUUGAGAUUGGAUGCCUCGGGAUGUAAGAAACCAGAGGUAGUCCGCACCGUCGGCACCGAGUCUCUGUCAAUUCCUGUACUUUCGGACGAGCUUGAAGCAGACGCCCUUGUCAAGUCCCCAGCUGGUAGCGGAGAGAUAGGAGACAACUCGAAAGAGUCCAGCACAUUGCGAGAACGGCAAGUUCAGGUAGAACCAGUCCAGAAGGAGGAGCCUAGCGAAGACGAGGCACAGCCGAUUGACGGAGGAGACGAGCCACUUCUCGUGACGAACACAGAAUGGGCGGAGGACUAUGACAGUGUCGACUGUGCUCCUCAGGCUCUCAACUAUGAGCCGCAUUCACUCGUCCACGCAUACGGGAUUGGAGCAAUGGCCGACUCCACUUAUGAGUAUUUCCCCAAGAUGCAUGCGCUGCUAGGAGGUCUCAGUCCACAAUAUGAGUCUAUGUAUCUGGACUCCAUGGAUGCUGUGCGUCGGGAACUGCUCUUCCGACCCAUGACUAAGGAGAACAACGACAUUCUUUUCGCUGCCAAGCAGGACAUAGCACCAUUGGCAACGGAGUCAUCGGAGAAGAAAUCGACGGUCUAUGAGGGGACUCAUCUGGGUUGUUUCGCGGGCGGCAUGGUUGCCCUGGGUGCCAAGAUGUUUGAUAUCUCUGGCGAUAUGAGUAUUGCCGAAAAGCUCACGGAUGGCUGCGUAUGGGCUUAUGCGUCGACACCUAUAGGUGUGAUGCCGGAGGCUUUUCAGUUGGUACCUUGCGACAGUCUCACUGCUUGCACGUGGAACGAGACCAAAUGGCACGAAGCUCUCGAUCCAAACCGUGAGCAACGGAUUGCGGCGGUCAAGGCGUACAAUCUCUAUCAGCAAAGGUUACAUGAGGAGAUGCUGGAUGAGGUGGAAAGCUCGACAGAUGACUCAUCUCCUUCACAUGUGACUUCAGAUCCUAGCAUGGGGAAGAGAGACGGAGUAUCAUUUAGCCAUGACGAUGGACAACUUUCCAAGCCUUCCUCGUCGGAUACCGACUCCAGUCUCGAAUCGGAGCAGAUGAAACCGCCGGAAUACGUGCCACGAGUACCACUCUCUCACGAGAAAUAUGUUGCUGCCAGGAUCAUGGAGGAAAGAUUGCCGCCAGGAUAUACAAGAAUCAGCGGCCGCUACUAUACACUUCGACCUGAAGCCAUUGAGUCGGUAUGGUAUAUGUAUCGAAUCACUGGUGACGAGUCAUGGAGAGAAAAGGGAUGGAACAUGUUUGACGCAGUGGACAGGGCCACCAAAACAGAGAUUGGCAAUGCCGCCAUCACGGACGUGACGAGCCAGCUGAACGAGCAUGAAGAUUCCAUGGAGUCUUUCUGGUUGGCCGAGACAUUGAAGUAUUUUUAUCUGUUGUUCAGCGAGCCUGAUUUGAUCAGUUUGGACGACUAUGUUUUGAAUACCGAAGCGCAUCCAUUCAGACGACCGACAUGAUGUUGGCAGUCGCCUGUAUCAAGGGCUUGCUAGACUUCGACGUGGCCAAAUUCUUGAUAGGAAGCGUUGGUACCACAGGGUAUAAGUACGUGGUAUAAUGGUAUUAUCCGUUGUCAAGGACGAAUGACGCACUGUAUUAGUGAUCCUGGGGGCAUCGCUCUCGCGCGCCUCGAUAUGUACUCUGUAUGCCUUGACGAAGGAUGAGCAGGCCUUCUGAUCCGCAUUGGGUGCACUUGUAUCAAUACAAUUCCAUGAUAUUCAUUAUCAAAUGGCUAUGCUGCUCAAGAACUGUUUAUAUAGAUAGGAGAGGUGGUGAUUCAGUGUGUGCUGAAUGCUGGUUGUUAGUUGCUAUGAGGACUUCCACUCCACUGCACGUGCCUGGAAAGAGGAAUCGAUCCGCGUAUACUUUGCGGCAAGUCC